AUGGCUAGCACCUUCUGCCGUCUCCUGGCUGGCCGUGCAACCACUGCACUCUUUGCAGCCGCAGGCACCGGGGUGCUAACCACCGGGUACCUCCUCAACCAGCAAAAUGUGAAGGCUGCUGUUCAGGAAAAACGGAAACUCUUCCCUCCAAGCGCAGACUAUCCUGAUCUCCGCAAGCACAACAACUGCAUGGCUGAGUGCCUCACACCAGCCAUUUACUCUAGGCUAAGGGACAAGAUGACUCCCAAUGGCUACACCCUGGACCAGUGCAUCCAAACCGGGGUGGACAAUCCUGGCCACCCUUUCAUUAAAACUGUGGGCAUGGUCGCAGGUGAUGAAGAAUCCUAUGAGGUGUUUGCUGAGAUUUUUGACCCUGUCAUCAAAGUGAGACAUAAUGGCUAUGAUCCACGGACAAUGAAGCAUCACACGGACCUGGAUGCAUCCAAGAUCACCCAUGGUCAAUUUGACGAGCGCUACGUCCUCUCGUCACGGGUGCGGACUGGCCGCAGCAUCCGGGGCCUCAGCCUUCCUCCUGCCUGCACCAGGGCAGAGCGGAGAGAGGUGGAGAAUGUUGUGGUCACCGCGCUCGCUGGGCUGAAAGGAGACCUCUCUGGGAAGUACUACAGCUUGACCAAUAUGUCCGAGAGGGAUCAGCAGCAGCUUAUUGACGACCAUUUUCUCUUUGAUAAGCCAGUGUCCCCUUUGCUAACGUGUGCUGGGAUGGCACGCGACUGGCCAGACGCCAGAGGAAUCUGGCAUAACAAUGACAAGACAUUUCUCAUCUGGAUUAAUGAAGAAGACCACACCAGGGUGAUCUCCAUGGAGAAGGGUGGCAACAUGAAACGGGUGUUUGAAAGAUUUUGCCGUGGUUUAAAAGAGGUGGAAAGAUUAAUUAAAGAACGGGGCUGGGAGUUCAUGUGGAACGAGCGUCUCGGUUAUGUUCUGACCUGUCCUUCCAACCUGGGAACCGGUUUACGUGCUGGAGUCCAUGUUAAGCUGCCCAGGCUUAGCAAGGAUCCUAGGUUUCCAAAAAUCCUGGAGAACCUGAGGCUGCAAAAGCGCGGCACUGGUGGAGUGGACACGGCAGCUGUGGCAGAUGUGUAUGAUAUCUCCAACCUGGACCGCAUGGGUCGCUCAGAGGUGGAGCUAGUCCAGAUUGUCAUCGAUGGGGUCAAUUACCUAGUUGACUGCGAGAAGAAACUGGAAAGAGGGCAAGACAUCAAAGUGCCACCACCAUUGCCUCAGUUUGGCAGGAAGUGA